GAUAACAGAUAACAGGGUUGUGUAAACACGUGCUUAGAGAAGCAAGUAUAGAUGCUUCACCAAAGUUAUACUAUUGUUCUAUUAGCUGGAUCAGAAAUAUAUUAUGAUCAUUACUUUGAGUUAAUUCUUAAUUCGUAAGACUAGUUAAAUUGAAUAUAAUUUUGUUAUAGCUAUACUUAGGUAUUAGUUUUUUAUACAAUAACUAAAAAUAAUUUUAACUGGCAUUAAACUAAACCUAGUUUCGUAAUCAGAAAUCAUGGACUCUAAGGAUAAAAGAUUCUCUAAAAUCGGAAAUGAUCCAAAAUUUAAACGUUUACCCAAGGCAGAACGCAAAGUUAAAAUUGACAAACGGUUUCAAUCUAUAUUUAAAGAUAAACGGUUUAAAGUUAAAUAUACAAUUGAUAAAAGAGGACGUCCUUUACGAGGUUCCACUACUGAAGACUUCAAAAAAUUUUAUCAUAUGUCUGAUGAAGACGAAGAACAGGACGAUGUUAAUUCAGACUAUGAUUCAAACAGUGAUGCCUCUGAACAAUCCACUAGUCAAGAUAUAGUUCAAAAUGAUAGUACUUCUAAUAGAAAUCAAAUUGAUAAAAAAAUUAGAGAUCGUCUGAAAGAUGUUACAGUUGACUAUGCUAGAGGUGAUGGCGUGAUUAUGACUGAUAGUUCAUCUGACGAUGAAUCAUCUGAUGAAGACAAUAAUGAAACAGACUAUUUGGAACAUGGCUGGGGUGAGCUAGAUAAAGAUGCAGAUAAUGUAGAAGAAGCGACAUAUAGGUUAGCUUUAUGUAAUAUGGAUUGGGAUCGAAUACAAGCAACUGAUAUAAUGAUACUUUUGAGUUCAUUUGUGCCAACUGAUGGUUUCAUAAAAUCUGUCACUAUUUAUCCAUCAGAAUUUGGGAUGAAAAGGAUGCAAGAGGAGGAGGUUAAAGGACCACCAGAACUUAUUUCUGAUAACCCAGUUGAUAUUGGCUCAUCUGAUGAUAGUGAUGAAGAAGAAGAACAAGAGGGUAACAAAUAUCAUAUGGAAAAGUUACGUCAAUACCAAUUAGCAAGACUUAAAUAUUACUAUGCUAUCAUUGUAUGUGACUGCCCAGAAACUGCCAAUAAAAUUUAUACGGAAUGUGAUGGAAUAGAAUAUGAAAGUAGUGCUACACGCAUGGAUUUACGAUUUGUACCUGAUGAUACAGAAUUUGAUCAAGAGCCUAAAGAAAUGUGUAAUAAAUUACCAGACUUGUCCAAGUACAAACCUCACCUUUUUACCACAACUGCUUUACAACAAGCAAAAGUUAAUCUCACUUGGGAUGAAACUGACCCAAGACGUAAAGAAUUGGUUAAUAAACUUAAAUCCAAUCCUAAAGCUGAAAUAGAGGACAGUGCUCUACAAAAGUAUAUUGCCUUCAGUUCAGAAGAUGAAAAUAGCAACAGUGAAGAAGAGAAUAACGAUUCCGAUGAAAAUGAAGAAAAUGGUCCUAAAAAAGAUCCAAUAGAUAAAUAUAAACAACUACUUCAAACGAUUCAAGAUGAAGAAGAAAAAAAAAAUAACAAAGAUAUGGAAUUGGAAAUAUCUUGGGGUAUAGGUACUCAAGACAAAGUUCAGAAAACGGUAGAAGAGAAGUCCAAAAAGAAUUUAACACCAUUUCAAAAAAUGAUGGAAAAAAAAAAAGAAAAAAUGAGGGAAAAGCAAAAGCUGAAAAAAGAAUCUAAAGAAAUUAAGAAAACUGGCUCUGAAGAAGAAAGUGAAGAGAACAAUUUGAACAAACAAGCUGAAUUAGAACUAUUGUUAAUGGACGAGGAGCCAACUGACAAACAUCAUUUUAACAUGAAAAAAAUACAAGAUGAUGAAACUAAAUCUUCAAAAAAAAAACAUAAAAAAAAUAUUAAAAAUGGAACAGUUGAUGACAAUGGUGGUUUUAAUGUUGAUGUAAAAGAUGAGAGGUUCUCUGCAUUAUAUACUUCUCAUCUAUUUAAUAUUGAUCCAGCUGAUCCUAAAUUUAAAAGAACUAAAGGAAUGGAAGCAAUUAUUUUGGAAAAAGCUAAUAGACGCCAACUAUAUGACACUGAAAAAGUAAACGAACCACCAAAGAAGAAAUCAAAAAAUAAUAUUAAUAAUCCAGAAUUAAAGAAUCUUGUGAAGUCUAUUAAAUAUAAAACUAAAUAUGUGAAAUAAAACAAAUUGUAAAUACCUUUUGGGUUUUAAUUUUGUGUUGAAUGUUUA